AAUUUGGACGAUCAAGAGGGGCGUUUGAACUCAAAAAUGAAAGGAGUUGGAAGUCUUAGCGAGAAAAGUAUAUCGAUGAAGGGUCCGGGAAAUCUUAGUAGCAAAGAUAUGAUAUUUAGAGCUGAUAAAGUUGAUCUCAAAAACUUGGAUGUUCAGCUGGAGAAGCACUUGAGCCGAGUUUGGUCAAGAAACACAGAGUCUCAAAAGCCUAAGGAAGUUUGGGAGAUUGAUCCAUCUAAGCUGGAUAUAAGAUACCUUAUAGCUCAGGGCACUUAUGGGACUGUGUAUCGGGGUACUUACAAUAACCAAGAUGUUGCAGUGAAGCUGUUGGACUGGGGCGAGGAUGGCUUGGCCACAACUGCUGAAACUGCUGCUUUGCGAACAUCAUUUCAGCAAGAGGUUUCCGUUUGGCAUAAGCUUGACCAUCCAAAUGUCACAAAAUUUGUUGGUGCUUCAAUGGGGACUUCGAAUCUUAAGAUUCCUUCUAAAAACCCUUCCACUGAUGGUUAUAUUAACCUACCAUCAAGGGCAUGUUGUGUGCUUGUGGAAUACCUCUCAGGCGGGACACUGAAAAACCUCUUAUACAAAAAUAGGAAAAAAAAACUUCCCUUUAGGAUUGUGAUUCAACUUGCUUUGGAUCUCUCUAGAGGAUUGAGCUAUCUACAUUCGAAAAAGAUUGUGCAUCGUGAUGUCAAAGCCGAAAAUAUGUUGCUAGAUGCUCAUAGAACUCUAAAAAUUGCUGAUUUUGGUGUUGCUCGUGUUGAAGCCCAGAAUCCUCAGGACAUGACUGGUGAAACUGGAACCCUAGGGUACAUGGCCCCAGAGGUUCUUGAUGGCAAACCAUAUAACAGAAAAUGUGAUGUCUACAGCUUUGGCAUAUGCUUGUGGGAAACCUAUUGCUGUGAUCUGCCUUACCCAGAUCUUAGCUUUGCUGAAGUUUCAUCAGCAGUUGUUCGGCAGAAUUUGAGGCCAGAAAUCCCCAGAUGUUGCCCAAACGCCUUAGCAAACGUUAUGAAAAAAUGCUGGGAUGCAAAUCCAGAAAAACGUCCGGACAUGGAUGAGGUUGUGAGGUUGUUGGAAUCAAUUGAUACAAGCAAAGGAGGAGGAAUGAUACCGGAAGACAAGGCUGGUGGCUGUUUUUGCUUUGCUUCGGCUCGGGGUCCGUAACUCAUUUAUAUCUGCCAAUAACUUUGUUUUGUGAAGCCAUCCAUUGAAAUUGUUGGAGAUUUUCUUAUGAAUGCUAUAAACAUGGUUUUGCAUAGUUCAUAAUAAUCAAUUGAAGUUCUUCAUCUUAUGUUUGAUCAUUUGCAAAAUCAUAAUCUAGUUAAACACUAGGUGCAUCAUGUUGGAUACACC